CCUAAGAGCCCAGGGGGGCAAGAGGGGCUGGCUCUCAGCCCCCGCCUCGCGGGGGGUGCCUCACCCCCCUGCGAGGGGGGUCCUAAGACCCAGGGGGGCAAGAGGGGCUGGCUCUCAGCCCCCGCCUCGCGGGGGGUGCCUCACCCCCCUGCGAGGGGGGUCCUAAGAGCCCGGGGGCAAGAGGGGCUGGCUCUCAGCCCCCGCCUCGCGGGGGGUGCCUCACCCCCUGCGAGGGGGGUCCUAAGAGCCCAGGGGGGCUCUCAGCCCCCGCCUCGCGGGGGGUGCCUCACCCCCCCUGCGAGGGGGGUCCUAAGAGCCCAGGGGGCAAGAGGGGCUGGCUCUCAGCCCCCGCCUCGCGGGGGGUGCCUCACCCCC